GGGACCCAGCUGGGUGGCCACUACUGCUUGUCCCCUCCCACCCCAGCCUUUCUGAGCCUUCUGAGGUGGGAGCCUAGGCAGGGCUGGUGGGGGUUAGCUAACUGCCCAUGCACCCGGGAGCACUUGGCAAACCUCCCAACCUUGCUUGGUGACUGGGGCUGCCGGCUUCACCUCUUUCCCUGCAGGCUGAGUGGGAGUCAGAGGCCUGUCUGGAGAGGAGGGUGGGUAACAUGAGGGGGCAGGCAGCACCUAGUUGUCACGGGGGAGCAGAUGGCAGGCCCCUGCCUUUAUCCUCUUCACCCUGGCCUGGGGGUUUUGGCCACCUGGCCCCAGAGAGGUCUCCAGCAGAUGAGGGAGGGCUCGGGAGCCCUGGGCUGUGGGCCUGAGGGGGAAGCAGUGGCUCAGCUGGCUUCCGGGGGAGACCCCUCUGCCCUGCCCCCUCCUCCCUGUGCACCCACUCUCCUGCAGCUGGCGCCUUCACAUCCUGAGUCAUCCGCCCUGCUGUGCCCCUCUGGGCCUCCCAGGUCUCCGCUGUCCCCACCUCUCUCUCUCUGCAGUUGGCCAGGGUCCCACACCACUCACUGCCUCCCAGCAGAGAGGUCCCCCUGUGCAGGGGUGCACACCUCUACAGGGCCAGGGUGCAGCCGGAUAAGUCUGGGGGUUCACCAUGUCCCUGAAGACGCCCCAUGCAUGCUGUAUGCUCGUUUAUGGGAGCCGCCGAGGUCACUGCUGUUCGUCCCCAUCGGGUCCCACUCUUCACGUUGCAGUCCCGCCAGAACUGGGGCCAUAGAUAUGUCCGGAGCUGUGUCCGUGCGUGACUCCGCGUGGGCCCGGCUCUCCCCAGUCUAGCCCCAGCUCCUCGCUGCCCGUCUCCAGGGACCCCUGGGCUCUGUUCCCUCUUCCGGGCUGCUGCAGUCCCCCCUUCCAUCUCCGCCGCUGGCUUCGCCCCUCCCCUGCCCCAGCCAACUCCUCCAGGGAGCACAAACCGCGUCGUCUCCUUUGCUUUGCGGUCUCGCGCCGGAGUGAGCGCGCUUCCCGGGGGCGCGCGCUGGUUACCAGGGCUGCGGCGCAGCGUUAGGGGAAGGGGAGUGGCGCCCAGGCCCUGGGGUGGCAGGGUCUCUGUGUCCUCAGGCUGCAGCCGCUGCACGUUCUGCCCCGCCUCUGUGCUAACUGGGACUGGCAGGCGGGGUGAGGGGCGUCCUCCUCCCGCCCAUGGUGGCGGGCUCCAUCAGCGCCUCUGGGCUGGGGGCCGACCUCGGCGUCUCCAGGAAACUAAAGCGCACCCAGCCCGUUGUCUUGGCAACGCGGGGCCGGGCUGGCGCCUCUGGGUAGAUGAUUGACUUGGGGGGUCCAGCUUGGGCCACUUGCCCGGGAGGGUGGGCUGGCCUGCCCUGGAUUAAGCCUUCAAGGGUUGGGGAGCCGCAGGGGUGAGGGGUGCCUUAUCUUCUCCCCGCCUCCACACCUCAUGGUCGGGAGCCGGGCGCAGCUGCCCCCACCUCCGCCCUCCCUGACCAGGAAAUGCUCUGGCGCCUGCUGUGGCUCAAAAAGGGGGGCUGCCCUCCUGCCCCCACCAUGAGGCAUGAGGUGGAGGAGGCUGGACAGGCCCAGAGCUCAGAGCUGAUCCCCCUCCAGUCACUGAGGCAGACGCCGAACUGCUCUAGGCCGUCGGGCUGUGUUUGUGGGACAAGGCAGACAAGCCUGGGACUUGGAACUGACCAGAGGAAGUGGCCUGUCAGCUGUCCCCAUGCCAACUCUGGGCCUGCCACCAGCAUCUCUGCCCUGGCAGAUACAGGAACUCCCCUCUCAAGCACCCAGUUCUCCACUUCCAUCUGAAAAGAGAGUGCUGCAGCGGCUCCCAGCCCAGUGAUGGGGAGCAUGGCCCCCAAUGAUGCAAUGGCAUCAGGCCCCAUGGCACCCGGCUUCUUCCAGCCCUUCAUGUCGCCGCGGUUCCCAGGGGGCCCCCGGCCCACCCUGCGGAUGCCAAGUCAGCCUCCCGUGGGCCUCCCUGGCUCCCAGCCCCUCCUCCCUGGCGCCAUGGACCCCUCCCCGCGUGCUCAGGGGCACUCGAGCAUGGGCCCACUGCAGAGGGUGACACCUCCACGGGGCAUGACCAGCGUUGGGCCCCAGAGCUACGGAGGUGGCAUGCGGCCCCCACCCAACUCUCUUGCUGGCCCGGGUUUGCCCACCAUGAGCAUGGGACCCGGGGUGCGUGGCCCGUGGGCCAGCCCCAGUGGCAACUCGAUCCCCUACUCCUCCUCCUCCCCUGGCAGCUACUCGGGACCCCCAGGAGGAGGUGGGCCUCCUGGCACACCCAUCAUGCCCAGCCCUGGAGACUCCACCAACUCCAGUGAGAACAUGUACACCAUCAUGAACCCCAUCGGGCCGGGGGCCGGCAGGGCUAAUUUCCCUCUCGGCCCUGGUCCGGAGGGCCCCAUGGCCGCCAUGAGUGCGAUGGAGCCUCACCAUGUCAACGGAUCCCUGGGCUCGGGCGAUCUGGACGGGUUGCCGAAGAGCUCCCCCGGCGCCGUGGCCGGCCUGAGCAACACCCCGGGCACCCCGCGGGACGACAGCGAGAUGGCGGCCGCCGGGACCUUCCUGCACCCGUUCCCGAGCGAAAGCGUAAGCGACUGCGUCGACUCCCCCCCCGCGGCGGCGUCGGGCCGGAGGGGCCUGGCGGGCAGACCCCGGCGGGGCGGCCGGGGGGCCAGAGCAAGACCGUGACCGCGGCGGGCCAGUACUCCCCCGGGAUGACCAUGAGCGUGUGAUGGGGCCGCAGCCCCUUGCCCACUGCUGCCCUGGCUUCUGCCCAGCGCCUCUGCCCGGGGCUAAGGUCCAGGGGCUCGGGUAGUCCACAGGGUGAGGGUCUGAGGUCGCACCUCGGGCAACUGGACUCCUGGUCAAAGCUUGGAUGGCUGGGAGGCCCCGCAAGAAGGACUCAUUCAUUUUAUAAAAAACUCAAGGACCUCAGAGAUGUUCUUUCCUGUAUGGGCCCUUCCGGUUAUUUCUGUUUUGUCCAGGGGGGCUCCUUGGGGACCUCCUUUCCUUUGGACAGCAGGGGUGGGCCCCAUCAAUAAACGUAACUUGAUUUUGGUUUUUGGUA